UUUAUUCUUUGCCUAUCCUCAUUGGACUUCCGUUUAUUUUUCUCACACUAUUGUACAACAUGUAUUAUUUCUUCCAACCAUUAAUGAUUAGAAAUGAAACCUUGAAUUUCUUGAUCUUGAUAAAUACUUUACUUUGGGUAAUAUUGUCCUUGUAUCCACUUGCUUUGCUAACUUCUAAUGUCACCAAAGUCGUAAAUGAGGUCGAAAAGACUGGAAAUAUUAUACACAUGUUAUUAAAUCGUACGAUCAAUGAAGAUAUGAAAGUAGAGCUUGAGCAAUUUUCACUUCAGUUACUACAUCGAAAGGUGAGAUUUACAGCGAACGGGUACUUCAUAUUAGACAAUACAUUUCUUCAGUUGGUAAGCAAACGUGAUUAAAUAAUUCCAUCCCUGCACGUAUAUGACAACU